CUGAAGAAAUCGAUCUUCUGGUUACGAGAUGAAUCGUUGGAUAUUGGUUUUCACGGCGUUAGCUGCUUUGGCUUCGCUUGCCAACUCAGCAAAGAAGGUUGUAUGCUACUACGGUAGCUGGUCCGUUUAUCGAAAUUCUAAUGGCAAAUGUGAUAUUUCAAGUAUUGAUCCGUCUCUUUGCACCCAUCUCGUUUAUAGCUUUGUCGGCAUGAAUGCGGAUGGCAACAUCCGCAUUUUAGACUCAUGGAAUGAUGUUGCCGACAAUUGGGGCCAGGACGGCUUUGGUAAAUUCAAUAAUCUUCGUAAAAAGAGCCCCAGCACUAAAACGAUGAUCGCUAUCGGUGGAUGGAGCGAGGGAUCCACAUCAUUCUCUGCUGUCGCCAGCAGUUCGAUUUCUCGUAAAGCAUUCGCUAAGAACGCCGUUACAUUUACGGAAAAAUAUGGUUUCGAUGGUUUGGAUGUCGAUUGGGAAUACCCGAACCAGCGUGGUGGGAGAAGCACGGACAUAGAAAACUUUGUGAAUAUGCUCAAGGAUCUCAAGACCGAAUUAAAAAAAAAAAAUAAGUUGCUCAGUGUUGCCGUUGGUGCUACCGAGUCACUUGCCAGUUUGUCCUAUAAAAUCGCCCAGGUAGCCGAACAAGUGGACUUUAUCAACCUUAUGACGUACGAUCUCCAUGGUACUUGGGACGGCGUCACUGGUCACCACGCUGGGCUUUAUGCGCCUAAGACCGGAGACAAGCUCAACGUUCACGCAGCCGUAAACUAUUGGUUGAAGAAUGGUUGCCCACCUGAGAAACUAAUCCUUGGAGUGCCAUUCUACGGUAGGGCCUUCACUCUCUCCAAUAGUAAUAAUAAUGGUCUUGAAGCUCCUACCUCCGGACCAGCUUCUUCCGGUCCGUAUACUCAAGAAGGUGGCUACCUCGGAUACAAUGAGAUUUGUGAAAAACUUCAACAAGGCGGCUGGACUGUUGUACAUAAUGAUAAGACAAAAUCUCCGUAUGCUUACAAGGGCAAUCAGUGGGUUGGCUAUGAAGAUGAAAAAUCUAUUCAAGUAAAAGUUCAAUACGUCAAAGACAAAGGUCUCGGAGGUUUAAUGACAUGGAGUAUCGAUACUGACGACUUUAGAGGAACUUGCGGUAAAAAGUUCCCUCUAUUGCAAGCAAUGAACAAGGUGAACCAAUAAUUGAUAGAAUCAAGAUAAACCGACCAAGAAACUACCGCAACGAUGCAACUAUUACAAACAACGCCUCCAUCUGUAACUGUACCUUCCAAUGAUGUUUGCAAGAAAAAUAAUUAUUAAUACAAUUUGCGAUAAAUAAAGUUACGAUAUACUCUACUUAUGCCGUUAUGUCAACGGCGUACAAAAAUUUAUUUGCCUAAGCGGACUAGCUUUCAAUCCUAAAUCAGCGAUUGUAAUUACAAACAUCUCGUUCCUGAAUAUAAUUAACGAUAAUAGACGGUAACAAAUGGUCAUGCUGUACUAUUCUAUGACGUUUCUACUUGUUAUACGGCGUAAAACGUAAUAAAUAGACAUUCU